AUGGAAGAAAUUCUUAAAAAAGACCAAUAUAACUUUUCAGUCUUCGGCGAUAAUGAUCAAUCUUUGCAAUUAAUUUUAUUACAAAACCAAACUGUAUAUAUAUACAUAUUAUUUUAAUUAUAAUUUAUUUUUACUAAAAUUCAUAUGUUUUCCUAAAAUUUUUUGUCGAUUAAAUUCACUAUAAUUUACUAUACACAAAUACAAAAUAUUGUUUAUGCCUCAGGAAAACUCUCAAUUAAAAAAAUCAAAGAAAAUUGCUGAACCAAGAUUUCGAACUUUUUUUCUUCAAAAAUGCUUUAUAACUAUCGAAUAAAAAACAGAAAAGGAGCUAUAGAAUAUGCAGGACUAAGCAAAUCAACUGGAGGGAAAAUAAUAGCAAUAAAUCCUGAAGUUAUAGGAGAUUCAAUAAUUACUAGGUCGAAUGCAAUUUUAGCUUAUACAGAUGGGGUUGAGAUGCAGGAAAAAAAAGAAAUGAUAAUUUUCUUGCAGAAGGAAGACUGAAAAGAAGUGAGUGGGGAUGGGAUUAUAUUUAUGCAGACGCCUGGAAUGCUGACUGAAAAAAAUUUGGGGCUAGAAGAAGAAAUUUCAGUUGCUUUUAACUCUUUGGUCGCAUUUUCAAAAGAUGUUAUACCAUUUUGAUGAUUUUAUUAUAUUCUUUCAGUAGAAAAAUGGCCUAUUCAAUUUAAAAAUCUAUAAAAUUUCUCACUCGUCAAAACAAAUGUCUUUUGCUAAUAUGCUACUAUAUGACUGGGCUUUUUUGAAAAUCAAAGGACCUGGAGUAAUAUAUAUGGAAUCCACAGGCUUUUCUAAGCUUGAAAGAACUAAGCAAGCAAAGAAAAUGGAAAUCAUGUAUUUUUUCUUAUUUUUUGCAUCAGCAUUAAUUAUUUUUGGAAUAGAAAGAUUAAUGAUGCAUAGAUAG